GGAAAAUAUUCUCCCAAGUCACAUGAUUCUAUAUUCUCUCGAGAAUCAUCUUCAAAUCCAUUCUUAAAAGUGAGGCAAACGUGAAUCCGAACAUUCGUGUCACUUGCCGCUUUUUCAAGUUUAUAUCGCGCUUUCCCUUUCGCUUAGCGAGUCGACCAUAACAGGACUCCUGCCCUUCCUUCUCCAAAAAUAUCUCCCAUCCACCAACCUCGUCCGUCCAGAACGAAACGCGACGAACUCCAUUGUACUUCAUUCAGUAGUAGAUUGUGUUUAGGGCUCUUCUCCGAGGUCAUUCAGCAGGAUGCGUGCCACGAAGGGGAGCUUGACCAUCGGUCGAGUCGGUGCAUCCAAGGCCAAGAACGAAACUCCGUACAGAUCUUCCUCAAAGAGGGUCGCAAAGGAGAUCAUCGAAAUCAAGAAACUCCCAGCUCGCGCAUCCAGAAAGCAGGUGAAUUACAAGGAAGAGAGCGAAAAGGAAUCCGAAGUGGAAUCCGAAGAGGACGAUGAAGGUGAUUAUGGUUUCGGAGUUGUCGAGGUUGUCGAGGAGGUGAAGAAGGAAGUCUUUGCCACUUUUGAGGCAGGUACAGAACUCGAGGAAGGUCUUUGCAUCGUACGCAGCCUUGGCGGCGGAAAGUACGAGCUUGUCAACUUGAACACUGUUCCCCGUGGCCUUAUUGCCUCAGAGGAUACCGGCAACAUUCUCAAGGGCGAUCCAGAGCGGCGUGGGAUGUUCGCAAUCAAUAAGGAACAAUGGGACGAGGCGAUAUUGAAGACAGAGUUGGCUGCUAAGAGCGCUGAUGGCCAUAUCUUUCGGCUCAUGAAAUUGCCUCUUGAAUUACGGUUCAAGAUCUACGAGUAUGCCAUCAUUGCCAAUGUCCCAAUUCGACCCACUACAGCGCCUUCUAAGAUUCUCGGCUUAGCUUUACUGAGAGCAAGUCGCCAAAUCUACCGUGAAUGUCGACCCUUCUUCUAUCAGAAUAAUUUCAAGAUCAAUAGCAUCGUAAAGAAUUUCAUGCCGUAUAGAGAAUCAGUCACCAAGAAUGUCCAGGAGAUUACAUUCGAUUGGUGGGGCUUCUCGCAAAAGGAUAUCGCAACGCUGACCUUCUUCGCACAGUGCAAGAAGCUCAAAGUUCUCCAUAUAAUGAUCACCAAAUGGUCUGUCGACGCGGCGCCAUAUCAUAGACGUCAACAUACGUUCCAGAAUGAAGACAGCGUUAAGCGAUUCAGAAAGACCAAUGGUUUCGACAAGCUCGUAGCUAUUCGAGGUCUCCAGAAGGUCACUGUCCAAAAUUGUGCUGGGCUAUAUGGAGCAUCGGAUGUGACACAGGAGGAGCUAGUUGCUCUCGAGGCGUUUUUGAUGAGAGAACUGACUAAGCCAAGACCGGAUGGAGCGGAAACCAAAGCUUCGAAGAAACGCAAAGACAGAUAUUAGUGGGUUCUGCGCCACGCCUGGCCUAUAGUUCCAUUGAUUCCAGGGACUUUUGGCUGUGGCACGAUUGUUGGCAGGUAUUCUCAUGUGGUUUCUUUCACUUGCACAAUUGGGUUGCCUGGGGUCGAUCUUCGGGUUUGCAUUGAUCUUUGGCCUGCAAGAGAGUAUGCUUCCCACGGU